GUGUGAGAGAAAAGGAGAGCGGUGAUAUAACGGGAGUGUAGGAGGUGAGUCUGCUGGGAGACACUUUUAGAAAAUAUAUGGAUUCACCCCAAACUUGCCAAUGGUUGCUGGUUAAUACGUGUGAGUGGUGGUACUUGGCCAUCUCCAUGAGCUCAGCACCGGCUACAGUCGUCUAACAUUUCAUCUUGUUUUGAAUGUGAAACUUUGCCUUCAACUUCUCACUCCUGUACCAGAUAAUGCAAGUUCCUCCAGAUACACUUUUUCCACUUUGUUAAAACUUUUGCUCCUGUCUUUCACCCUAAGAUAUACCCAAAUUACACGCAGCUGGCUGACCUUGUUACUCCAACAUCAGGACCCAAAUCAAACAACUACUGGACUUUUGAUCUCCUGUAAUGAGCUGAGGUCUUCUCCCCCAUCCCCCAUAGAGACCAUGGCAGUGGGGGCACAGCCUCAGACAGACAAUGGCAGGGUCCCCUCUCUGUCCCUGGCCCCAGUGUCUGGACAAGACUGUGGCAUGGAGUUUGUCGCCCUUACUGCUGUACAGACUGACAGUGGCAGCCCCAGACGAUUGGGGCUACUGGGAACCCCCCUACCUGGACCACCAAGGACCUCAGCUUCCCACAAGAAGUACCGGCGGCUGCAGAACUAUCUGUACAAUGUUUUGGAAAGACCCAGAGGAUGGGCCUUUAUUUACCAUGCAUUUAUAUUCUUCCUUGUAUUCAGCUGCCUGGUGCUCUCCGUAUUUUCUACCAUCCCUGAAUAUCAUAACUUAUCAAACAAAGGCCUCUUCAUACUGGAAUUUGUGAUGAUCGUGGUGUUUGGCAUGGAAUACGUGGUUAGAAUCUGGUCAUCAGGAUGUUGCUGCCGUUAUCGAGGGUGGAGAGGGCGGCUGCGAUUCGCCAGGAAGCCAUUUUGUGUCAUUGAUUUCAUUGUACUGGUGGCCUCAUUGGCUGUCAUUGCAGCUGGUACUCAGGGUAAUAUCUUUGCCACCUCUGCUCUACGCAGCAUGCGGUUCCUGCAAAUUCUGCGCAUGGUGCGCAUGGACAGACGGGGCGGCACCUGGAAACUAUUAGGGUCUGUGGUGUAUGCCCACAGCAAGGAGCUGAUAACAGCUUGGUACAUUGGUUUCCUGGUGCUGAUUUUUGCUUCCUUCCUGGUAUACCUGGCAGAAAAAGAUGCCAAUAAGGAGUUUUCUACUUAUGCAGACUCGCUGUGGUGGGGUACGAUUACCCUGACCACCAUAGGCUAUGGUGAUAAGACCCCUCAUACGUGGCUUGGGAGGGUCCUGGCAGCAGGAUUUGCGCUUCUGGGCAUCUCUUUCUUUGCUCUUCCAGCGGGUAUUCUGGGCUCUGGGUUUGCCCUGAAGGUUCAGGAACAACAUCGACAAAAACAUUUUGAGAAACGCAGAACUCCAGCAGCCAACCUUAUUCAAGCUGCCUGGCGCCUCUACUCAACUGACGUAAGCCGUUCUUACCUCACAGCAACAUGGUAUUAUUAUGACAGUAUCCUGCCUUCAUUCAGAGAUUUGCUCCUUUUGUUUGACACCUGGCAUCGAACACGCAGUCGGAAUGGAGGGGUUAGACUGUUUCAGGGAUCUCCUCGCUAUCACCCAUCCCCCUCUGCUCAGAAAUGUGCGCCACCCCCUUACUGUGCGGGGGAAAGUAACAAGGCAGGGCUGAAGGAUCGUAUAAGGGGAGCCAGUGUUCCAAGACAGAGCACACGGAGCAAGCAGUUCCUGGCACCCCCAGAAAGAGUCUCCCCAGGUACAGAGAAUGCACCUGAAACUCACAGCCCAACCAAGGUGCAGAAAAGCUGGAGCUUCAAUGACCGUACAAGGUUCCGGGCAUCACUGAGGCUCAAAGCAAGACCACAAGCAGAUGAUGGAGCCGGAGACGAUAGUAAUGAUGAGAAGAGACUCCAGAGUGACCUGACCAUGGAGGACGUCAUGCCAACUGUGAAGACACUGAUCCGAGCUUUCAGAAUUUUGAAAUUCCUUGUAGCCAAAAGAAAAUUUAAGGAGACUCUUCGUCCAUAUGACGUGAAGGAUGUAAUAGAGCAGUACUCAGCUGGACAUCUGGAUAUGCUCGGACGUAUAAAGAGUCUACAGUGUCGUGUGGAUCAGAUAAUUGGCCGAGGUCCAAUCCCUGUUGAAAAGAAGCCCAGAGACAAAGGAGAGAAGGUGCCAACCUCAGGUCCAGAGGCUGAGGCGGCUGAUGAGUUAAGCAUGAUGGGAAGAGUGGUCAAGGUGGAGAGGCAGGUACAGUCCAUUGAAGAUAAACUCGAUAUAUUGCUGGGUUUCUAUUCUCAGUGUCUCCGAAGAGGUCCCGUAAGCUCGUUCACACUGACCUCCCUUCAAAUGCCACUGAUUGACCAGGACAUGACUUCUGAUUACCAGAGCCCUGUUGAUCAAGCAGAUAUCUCUGUUUCAGCACAGACACUCAAUAUCACCCACUCUGACAGCGCCAACACGGAGUGAGAAAUAAGCAACCCUGGGGUAACUGCUGUCCCAGAUAAAUAGCUGCUCCCUCAAAAAUGGGCGGUUACAUAUUACCUCAAGGAGCUUCAGAAAGCAUAGUCUAUGGACUCUGGUAGCUGUUUGUUUUCUGCUGCUCCCACUGAAUUAUAACAGACUGAAGAAAAAAGUCUUAUGCAAUUUAAAAAAAAAGUCCUCUAAUAAUGGACACUAGUCUAAUGCACCACAAGGGUCAGACAUACCAGACAAGCCAUAGGUCCUCUGUUUGCCACAUUGCCAUGUGAUGAUAUUUUUUGUGCCAUUAGUCUUCAUAUCACCAUGGUUAAGAUGAAUGACAUGAUACUUAAUCUCAUGAGCUGCACUAUGGCUACGGACAGCCACAUAGGUAAAUCUUGUGCAUUGUAUUGUCAUUGCUUCCACAUCUUGCUACUUUGGUGGGUGCAAUCUUUUCAACACCCAGCCACUAGAAAGUGCCUCAAUGACAUUAAUGUGCAGACACUGUUCCUGUCUAUUCUUCAUCUCCCUGAUAAUGGGAAACAAGUCGAUUUGUGCACUGGAGAUGCAAUCAAGAAUUUUUCCAUGAAGUAGGACAUACUGCCUUAUUAUGGCAGGGAUCAUUCUAGGGAUUUAUAUAGAACCUUCGUAGUGACACAGACUUCAUCUCCAGAGAAGGAAGAAUGUCCUUUAAAUGGGAUAUAAACUAUAUUGUCACCUCCUGAGGGAGAAGGAAAUGUUAAAAUCUGACAAUUUAAAGAUGUAAGGAUGACUGUGUACAUCUGCAGAUCAGCGUAUGUAUGUUUCCAGGGAUGUGUUUAUAUUAUAUGCUGUGGCUGGUCAUAGUAUGACUAUAUGCUGUGUGCACGUGGGUGUAAAUGUUUGCACAGACUAUGUAUAGGCCUGUAUAGUAUACAUUGAUUUGUGUUUUUAUUUACACACACUUCAAAGAUGGUUGACAUUACGACAACAUGUAAAGAUGUCUGUUUGUAUCUUUUUUUGUGCAUGUAUGUAUGUAUGGGUAUCCAUACCUAAAAUAUGCCUGGGUGCUGCAUCAGAUGUAUCAAUUUUAAGCAAAUAUGUUAUCCACCCUUACAGGGGAAUAGUAUGAGGGAAAAUAUUUAUAAUAUACAUGUUAUAUAAUAAAUAUUUAUUCCCCAUACAACCUUUCAUAUAUGUUACCCAAAGAUGGGGCUAUUUAUAAAUCAGAUAAUUGUAUAUGGGUGUACAAAGCCAUUUUCUUAAGAACAGUAACAGCAUUUAAACAAUGACCAUAACUUUAAAAAUCUUUGGAUUAGUGUGCGCUACAUGACAUAGUCUUACACUAAGAUUUAAUAUUAAAAGGUAUUUCCUUUUUUCAGUUCUAAACUACUAUAAAAAGCAGAAGAUAGAAUGUAGUAUGGUGGGUAGCCUUCUAUUUAUUUUCAGUAUACUUUAACAUAGAACGGUUAACAUUGAAAACAUACAAAAAAACAUAAUUUGCUAAAAAAUUUGAGGAUCUGCUAUUAUGUCUCACACUAGAUUAAGACUUUUAACAGUUACAGACUAAUAACUAUAAAAGCAAUGUGUAUCUUGGCUGCUACACUGUUUUUCAGGCUUAUGCUUGUGUAUUUUUAUCCUGAAACCAGAGGUGCCUGACCUUUUUUGUAUGAUUGCCUGGACUACCUAUAUUGGGACUGGCUUGUGGCCACAUUACAUUCUACUCAUAAUUUUGCUAAAAAUAAUGGGGCCAAUUUAUCAAAGGUCUUGCGGACAUGAUCCGACAGUGCGGAUCAGGUCCGCAAGACCUCGCUGAAUGCGGAGAGCAAUACGUACUCACAA